AUGGCUGCUCAAAGUUCCCAAUUUAAAGAAGAAACGAGAAGUAAUUUUAGGAACAUGGGUGCAUCAAUUAAAAAUAUUGAAAUCCAGAUGAGUCAAAUAGCACAACAAUUGGCAAGUCCUCAGAUACUUGGUGCUCUACCUAGUGCCACAGUUACGAAUACCAAAGACCAUAAUAAUGUGAGCGCUAUAGUAACUAGAAGUGGUAAAGCUAAAGAAGUUGUGAAGGAGAGUGCUCAAGAAGAAGAGCCAUUGCUUGAAAUGGAUGUGGAAAUAAAAGAGAGUGUGGUAGAAGCUGAAGACUUAGGUGUGUUGGAACCAACAACUAAAGGGAAGAGUAGUGAACAAAAACGGGCCAUUAAACUCCCUUUUCCGACAAGAAAUAAGAAGAAAGGGCAGCAUGAGAAAAUUUUUGAAAGAUUCUUUGAGAUGUUUAAGAAACUUGAGUUAAACAUUCCAUUCCUGGAGGCAUUGGAACAAAUGCCUACAUAUGCCAAGUUCAUGAAAGACAUCAUCUCCAAGAAAAGGACCACCGAUCGGUAUGAAGAUUCCGGUGGAAAAGAUGGACCGAGGCUCUGUGACUAUUCCUUAGUACAAGAUACACAAAUGACACCCCACUUUGCAGAUCAUUCUGUAAAGAGACCUUACGGGAUAGUAGAAGAUGUGCUAGUCAACAUUGACAAGUUUGUGUUCCCGGUUGAUUUUGUAAUUUUAGAGAUGCCAGAAGAUGAAGAAAUUCCAAUCAUUUUGGGGAGACCAUUCUUAGAGACCGGGAGAUGUUUGAUAGACAUAGAAGAAGGCAUGAUGACUUUGAAGGUCUGUGAUAAAGAUUUAAAAAUUGAUGUGCAAAACACCAUGAAGUACAAGGAUGAUGUUGCCACUAGUCAACACAUUGAGGUGAUUGAUCAAACUGUUAGUAAUGAGAAUGCUUUGAAGUCACAAUAA